CGAAUCCGGGAGUAGUUAUUUUGUUUAGAAAGAGACAAUGUUUAUAGCAAUAUAAGAGCAGCACACUCCAAAUUGAAGUGCGUAUUAUUUCAAUUUACAUUGAAGAAGGGGUGUGAUACCGACGGUAAUUGAAAAGGAUCGGCGAUUGUGAAGUGUAGCGGAGGGAUGGCGUUCACUGCGGCGGAGCAGCAGAAGCUGAAUAAAGGGAUAGCGGAGUUCUACGACGAGUCUUCGGGGAUGUGGGAAGACAUAUGGGGAGACCACUUGCACCAUGGGUUCUACGACCACAACAUCUCCGGCGGUGUUUCCCUCCCCGACCACCGCGCCGCUCAGAUCCGCAUGAUCGAAGAGGCCCUUCGUUUCGCCUCCCUUUCCGGCUUUCUCUCUUCCCUUUUAUAUGUAUACGGUUUUUUUCUUUUCCUCCUCCUCACUUCUCUUAGCGAUCCAUACUUCCUUGCCUUCAUUUUAUCUAUCUCGACUCCAUCUUCUCUCCUAUCUCUUUCGGUCAAGAUGAAGAAAGCUAUGUCCAAGGCCAACAAGUUCUUUGAUGGCGGCAAGAAGUCUAAAGAGGAGGAAAAUGUCUCCUCCAUCACUGAGCCUCAACUUAGAGAGAUGAGGGAGAUGAUCCCCCUCGGCUACAAGGUCCGUCCCGCUAACGAGACCACUUUGGAGUCGAACCAUAACCCUUCCCGUCCCCUUAUCGUCCACUACAAUUUGGUAAAGAUGGGAUGGUGUUUUCCCAUCCAUCCCUUGUUGGUGGAAAUUUGCAAUCGUUACUCCAUUCCCCAUGGCCAAAUCUCUUCCAACUCCCAUGAAUCCAUCUUCUGUUUUAUGGCUCAAUCCCACAAGAAGGGUAUCGAGCCUAGCCUGGACCUUUUCUUUUCUCUCUUCCGCCCUCACAAGUAUGACCGUGAUGGGGGCAGGGGCUUCGUGAGCUUCACGGCUUGGAUGGACAUGCAAUUUCUCGAAAGCCCGUCUGACAAGAUAGACGAUUGGUUCUGCCGCUUCUUUGUGGUGAUGGCCCCCGAGGGUCUUCCUUUUCCCAAUGUGUGGAGGAAAAAGGAAGAUAAAUUCCCGUCUUAGACCUUUCCUCCACGCUCUCCCGCCCUUGAGGAGAUCUUCAAACUCCUCCUCAAGAACGGCCACCCGGUUCUCCGCAACCUCAUUUCCAAGAACUGUUACUUUCGGGGUCUUGGGUUUUGGGUGCACCCCGAUGCUCUCCUUCAAGCAAUAUCUGGGAACACCGUUUCUUCGUGGGCUCCUCCACCCAAGACCACACGGUUGCGUCAGGGAUCACGGCGAUCCUCCUGGAGAGAUCCCUCUCCAAAGGAGGAUAUUGAAGGAAAAGAGAUUGGGACCGCCACUGGAGACCCAACCCUUCAAGGCGGUCCACCAAGAUGAGGAGAUGGAUGACUCUAAGGACGACAACAGCUUCUAUCAUUUUUCUCAUGGGCUCUUAAGGGCCCAAAUUUUAUCCCAGGCGUGCCACAAACCUCUCUCUAUGGCAGGGGGGUUUCUUCUUCUCCUCAUCCUGCUGGUUCGAUGGGUUCUCAUCCCCAUUGGAGUGGGAUCCAUCCCAUUGGUCGGGCCACUGGUUCACAGGGGUUCCUUGAACCGCCCCACGUUCAAGUGGAUGGCCUUGGGCUCCAUUGCAGCCUGGAAUUAUCUUGGCACUUUUCCCCCUCCUUCGGCUGUGGUAGGGAAGAUGUCAUGUAACAGUCUAAUUCGUAUAACCCAGAAUUACACGUAUUAAGGUGAAACCGGAGUUAAAUAAAAAUUUCGCUUGACAUUUGAAAAUGACAAUUACUUAUAAAUGUUAAAUUUAUCG